CGACCUCCGGCCAGACGUCAUUUAUCGGGCCCGCCAGAAUAUAACACCUCCCCAAAGCCGCCUCCUCUUUCAACCGCUCAGGAAACCUCGCACGCGUUUUGCCGCGUUGUCGGUUUCUAAACCAGCGCUCACUGUCUCCCGGUAGGCGUACGAGCCACGCCACGCAGUGUUUAGCGCUCGACGAGGAUUGUGCGCUGGUGAUGAGGCGACGAGGCGUGUUCUGAGCUUUGCCCGAGUAUGGCUUCCAGGCGCGGGACAUGGGACACCGGCGCGUGAGUAUACAAGAGCACAAAACUGUCUCGGCGAGCGACGUGGACGCCCUUUGUGUCGAUGCCAGCGCUUGACGGCGCACUCACAACGAUUUUGACAGUGUUGCUGCAAGCGUCGAGAAGGCUCCUUGGUUUCGAGAUCACUUGAGCGGUGUCCUUUCUGGAACAGCGGGGUAUUCUGCCGCGCGCGUGUGCUCGUGUUCCUUAACUCUCUUCCCGUAUAACUUCCCUUAUCUGCUUAGACCAGCAACAGCAGAGAGACCCAACCGGAGAGUUAUCUCGUUAACGUUCUUGUCUCGGCUUUGCUUGGCUGCUUCUUUUUGGUGCUGCCGUUUCGGCCUUUGUGCCAUCUUGUACUCUACCCCCACUCAGAGUCAUGUACCCCGCGAACGCACGAGUCUUCGUCAACGUAGUUUCAAGAUGUGCGCUUCGUCCUCACAUGUGCAGACGUCCCGCUUAAUAUUAGCCUCGUCUGAUGCUAAGAAAUAGCCGAGAAAGUUUCGAGAGAUGGUUCUGCAGGUCUGGGAUACUGUAACUAUCGCAUCGCUAUUUCUCUUCGUGAACCUUCAGUGGUUGGAUCGGUGUUCUAGCAUAAGUUGUCACCGAAAGCGGCAUCUUUUGAACCUUGAACGGUGGAUGAUAAAAAAAGUAAUAGAAUCAGAGGACAGGAAUAAUUUCGUUUGACUAGUACUGCAAUGAAUGCCAUCGAGGGUCUGGAUGAUCAAACACAACGAUUUAUAGAAAAGCCUGCCCGUCUUGCUUCCAAGUCGACCGAGUACAAUGUGUAGUCAAGGCCGUAUAAUCAAGGCCUGUACUGUAUUUAGUAAUAGAGGAAGUAUAUGAAUGUGAGUGCACAUAUUGUCGCACCUCUCACGUAAGAGUGGCCAGCUUUGAUAGUUUCCGCACUCACAGCAUUGAAGAGUGUGAAGUGUAAAACUGUCAUACGAAUACCCCGAGAAAUAGGUGUCUAUGGGCCAAAUGAAAAUGUCGCAGAAAAAUUGAUACAUCAGUAUGAGCUAUUUAAAAACAGCUACAUUAUUUAGAAGGAUAAAUGCGUCUCUAAUGACAAGUUGCUACACUCUACAGCCCUCCCCAUCAGACAGCAAAUGCCAAUCAAGCAGUCGUUUUUAUCGCUCUUUUUCAGUGUGCCCAAUUAACGCCUCCCCGUAGUAGUAGGCAUCAGUGUAGAAUAGACAUGUACCAAAGCUAUCACUAUAUGCAUACCGCGUACCAUUUUUCCCAAAAUUUCCAUUACAUUGCGCUGGGCGUCAGAUACAAACCAUCCAAUUGGUGUAUAAUACACAUAAUGCAAAUUAUGCUCUAAAUGUUCUUUCAUCAUGCUUGUGACCCUUCCUUAGAACCCAUUUAUCAUUACUUCUGUUAAUUUGUAUACUUUUUUUUUUGCAUUGCCAGAAAUUUAGUUAAGCAUUCUACACAGAAAGGGAUGAAAUGUUUUGCGCCUAAGUAAAUAAAUAUAUAGUGAAAAAUAACCGUCAAAAUAAUUAAUCUCUCAUAGUUUCAUUGACUGCUCUGCUUUCUGCUUGCAAAUGAUUUGAGUGACUGCGAACUGCAGCAAACCAUUUUAACUGCUAGCGUAUCUUGUGAAUAGGUGAUCUACGAAAUUCACCUAAUCAAACACGACUAAUCUAUAAGAAGGCAAAGUUGCCUACGAAUAGCCUACGAGAAAUGCAUACACAGUGGUAAACCUAUCUUCAUGGGUGUUCAUUUUAUACCUAAUCGUUGCUACAUAUACCAGCGGAACGAAAGAGGAGGGAACAGACUGAAGGACUGAUAAGCCACUUUUCAGACCGGCUGGUUACCCUGCUCUUGGGUGGAAUGCAUAAGGGGAAUAAAAGAUUAUGAAGAAGCAGUCGCAUCUGCUAUUCAGGGCUCGUUGAGCGCCAUGCAAAGGAUCCGCCUCGCGCUUUUGCUUCUGUGCGCAUUCGCGAGCGCCUUCAUCGUGGGCGUUCAACUCGGCCUGAACAUGAACCACGACCCUCCCGACUAUUCCGAGCAGCGGCCAGGGCACUCGUCAAGGAUUACGCAGCAAAGAAAGGACUCUCCGUACUUCACCGCAGACGAUGCCGAAUGGCUGGACGCCUGGACCAAAGUGAGCUCCAACGUGUACGUCUACUCGGCCUACCUCGACCCUCGUCUGGGCCCCGACGCGACCGUGGUGCGAGUCGUGGGACUCGCGCGUCUCAGUCCCGCGCUUAAGGUGAACUACUCGUGCCUGAUCGACGACCGGCCCGGUAAACCUGCCCCGCCCGUCGUCGCCAAGCGGGAGUUCCUUCAGGACCACCACCACGCAAAGUACGACGGCGUGUUCAUCACUUGUCCCUACCAUCUGACGAACGACUCCGAGACACCACAGACCGUCCGCGUAGUAGUUACCGGAGCCGAGACCGGCAAGUCCAAGAGCAUACCAGUCCACUACCGGAGGCCUACUCUCGGCACCCACGAGAUGGGGUCGCUCUCGCUGUGCGUCCGACCAUUCUACGGCGGGGUCCCCAAAGUGCACGACCUGAGGCACUUCGUGGCCUACUACUCACUUCACGGUGUCCAGAGGUUCACCUUCUACGCUUACGACUCCCGCGAUGACGUGAACGACUACCUGCGGACGCUCGGACGCGAAGGCUUGAAGGUCGACUUGUUCUCCUGGUCCCUACCUGCCGCCAAGAAGUCUUGGGCCCUGGCCCAGAACGCCUUCACGCAGGACUGUCUGUACCGGCACGCGAACGCUUCGCGGAGGGUCCUCAUCGUCGAUCUCGACGAGUUCGUGUUUCCGCUUCCGGUGCGCGGCAAGCCCCGCACCAUCGCCCAACUCCUGGCCAAGCUACCGGAGUCCAAGGCGUGUAUCGUUGUGCGUAAUGUGUUUUGGGUUCGGGCUGCAUCCCGGAUGGACAGGCCUUUUAUCUUCGCCAGCCUGAACCGCAGUCGCCGGGUUUGGCCUACGGGCCUAAGAAGCAAGUACUUUGCCGACCCCCUGGAAGUUCUCGAAGGAGGGAUACACUUUUGCAGGCGCUUUCUGUCCGGUGGACGGAACCGCGAUAAGCAGUUGACCGUGAGCCAGGCGCUCCUGUUUCAUUACCGUGGCGUCAGAGGCGAAACAUACGCUAGGGACACGAGCAUGCUGGUUUGGGAAAAGCCGUUGAUGAAUUCGCCGCUGAUGCCGAAGCCCGAAUUUUGGAGAGGAGUCGCUUCCAAAGUGCGCAAUGUCCUGCGGAAUAGUGUUGACGUGGUCUCAAGACUCAUUCAGCGAUAGUGAGAGUGUUUUCUUUGUGAGUGUGUUGGCGGUGCCUCAAAGACUAGAGCGUUGAUUGGUUCAAAGUGACAAGCAGCUGGACUCUUGGUGCGGUGAUCGGCUAUAGCAUUCAUGAAAUUAAGGUUGUGAUUGCCCAGCACCACUCAACUGAACAGCACUAUACGUUUCAAAUUUUACAAACCUUGUGGUAAAAUCAUCAGUACAAAAAUAGCUUAUGCCUUUUAGUUAGCAAAAGCUUACGCAAACAUAUCGUUGAAAGUGCUGCCACAAUGGCAAAUAAAUAAAUUAAUAAAUAACUAAAUAACUUCGACUUUCAUAACUAAA